AGAAAAUGGGGGCAACGGUGCUGCUCCCCAGAGUCUCAGAACUGGUAUCAAGGUCAGGUCCCAAAAUAGCCUGGCCGCCUCGUGUGGAAGCCGGCGGUUCCAGCGAGCUAUCGACUGCUUUCGAUUUCCCUUUCCCCUAAACGGCAGCACUUCUUGCUAGCGAGACUCCGGACUUUCGGAGGGCCCGCCCCGGCCCGCCUCGUCCCGCCCCUACUCCACCUUCCAGCCGUCAGCCCCUGCGCGGGCUCGGUCACAGACGCGCGUGGGACCCACAAGCUCCGGGAAGGAACCCCGGCCAGGGCCCGCGCGCCAAUGGCCGGCUCAGGGUCCCCGGCUCUCGGCGGGUGCCUCUGCCUCUGUCGGGCCUCCUGCGCUUGGCUGCGGGUGACGCUGCUGCUUCUCGCCGACUGGCUGCUGCUCCGGCCCGCGCUGCCCGGGAUAUUCUCUCUGCUGUUUCCCACGGCGCUGCUGCGGGUCUGGGUGGUGGGCUUGAGCCGCUGGGCCGUUCUGUGGCUGGGGGCCCGCGGGGUCCUCAGGGCCACGGUCUCCACUAGCGGAAGUGCAGGAGUCCAGAGCUGGCUGGCAGCUUUGGAGCCACUGGCGGCGGCGCUGGGUUUGGCCCUGCCGGGACUUGCCUCGUGCCGAGCGCUGGGCUUGUGGGGAGUCCCCAGGGAUGGUGGCAGCACCCGGCUGCUGCACUGGGCAGGUCGUGCGGACGCCUUCCUCAUCAGCUACGCAGCGGCGCUGCCCGCGGCCGCCCUGUGGCACAAGCUUGGGAGCCUUUGGGUGUCCCGCGGCCGUAGCCGCUCUGGAAACGCCGUGCGCCGGCUUCUCGGCUGCAUGGGCCCGGAGAUACGGCGCUUCCCGCUGUUUCUGGUGUUUUUGAUCUUCUCCUGCCUCGGGGAGAUGGCCGUCCCGUUCUUCACCGGUCGUCUCACUGACUGGAUACUACAAAAUAAAGCAGCUGCUGCCUUCACACGCAACAUAACUCUUAUGUCCGUUCUCACCGUAGCCAGCGUGGUGCUGGAGUUCGCGGGUGACGGCAUCUGUAACAGCACCAUGGGUCGUGUGCAUAGCCGCUUGCAUGGAGAGGUGUUUCGGGCUGUCCUGCGCCAGAAGACAGAGUUCUUCCAACAGGACCAAACAGGUUUUUCACGAAACUCUUUCAUUAUAUUGCUGGCAGUACAGGUGCAGAAAUCUAUGGCAGAGUCCAGCCAGGUGGCCAUUGAGGCCCUGUCAGCGAUGCCUACAAUUCGGAGCUUUGCUAGCGAGGAGGUUCGGGACCACCAAUAUCUCCAGAUGCUACUGAAGGUGGUAAUCCUGUACAUUGGAGGGCAGCUGGUAACGAGUGGGGCUGCAAGUAGUGGGGACCUUGUCACAUUUGUUCUCUACCAGAUCCAGUUCACCACAGCUGCUGAGGUUCUGCUCUCCACCUAUCCCAGUGUACAGAAGGCCAUGGGCUCCUCAGAGAAAAUAUUUCAAUACCUGGACCAGACCCCUCUCUGCCCAGCCAGUGGCCCUUUGACUUCCGUAGACUUGAAGGGCCUUUUCCAGUUCCAAGAUGUCUCUUUUGCCUAUGCAAACCAGCCAGAUGUCCCAGUACUGCAGGGGCUGAUUUUUACCCUACAUCCUGGUGAAGUGACCGCCUUGGUGGGGCCCAAUGGAUCUGGGAAGAGCACAAUGGCUGCCCUGCUGCAGAAGCUAUACUGGUCCAUGGGGGGUCAUUUGCUGCUGGAUGGGGAGCCCCUUCCCCAGUAUGAGCACCGCUACCUGCACAGACAGGUGGCUGCAGUGAGACAAGAGCCACUGCUAUUUGGAAGAAAUCUUCGAGAAAAUAUCGCCUAUGGCAUGAUCCAGGAGCCAGACAUGGAGGAAAUCACAGCUGCCACAAGGGAGUCUGGAGCCCGUAGUUUCAUCUCUGCAUUCCCUCAGGGCUACAACACAGAGGUAGGUGAGGCUGGGGGCCAGUUGUGGGGACAGCGACAGGCAGUGGCCUUGGCAUGGGCUUUGAUCCGGAAACCACUUGUCUUCAUUUUGGAUGAUGCCACCAGUGCCCUGGAUACAGGUAGCCAGGUGGAGCAGCUCCUGUAUGAAAGCCCUGAGCAGGGCUCGUGA